UGGGUGUUAAUAUGGAUGGCUCUGGCGAUUGGUUUAACUGCCUCUCAAAGUGAGGAUACAUCAAAGGCCACAGUUAACAUCAUCCCCUCAAUGUCAAGGAUGCCUGAGAUUGCAGGAGUGAGUCCUAUGCACAAUGGCCAGGUCUGCAGCACAUGGGGUAACUACCACUUCAAGACCUUUGACGGAGACAUCUUUCAGCUCCCCUCCACCUGCAACUAUGUUGUGACCUCACUGUGCCAUAGCAGUUAUGAGGAUUUCAACAUCCAGAUGAGGCGGCAGGUGGUGGACAACCAGCCCACCAUUAGCAAGAUCACCAUGAAGCUGGAUGGUGUAGUGGUGGAGCUUUCCAAGGGUUCCGUUGCUGUAAAUGGGAAGAAUGCCACCUUACCAUUCAGCCAGUCUGGUAUUCUCAUUGAAGAGACUCCCUCCUACAUCAAGAUCAAAGCAAAACUGGGAUUGUUAGCCAUCUGGAACCAGGAGGAUUCCUUCUUGGUGGAGAUGGACAUCAAAUUCAGAAACAAGACCUGUGGUCUAUGUGGAGAUUUUAAUGGAGUUCAACAAUUUGAUGAGUUCUAUAGCCAUGGUAUGAAAUUGUCCCCUGUCGACUUCGGAAACUUCUGGAAAUUGGAUGGUCCAACUGAAAGCUGUACUGAAAAAACACUGCUUUCGAAUCAUAAAUGCCCCAAUCUGAAACCAGUUUGUGAGCAGUUGCUCUCCGGUCCUGCCUUCAGCAGCUGUAAGGACUUGUUGGCCAUCGACUCAUUUGUUGAGGCCUGUGUAUCUGACCUGUGCCACUGUGAUAACAGCACCAACUCCUUCUGCCUGUGCAACACCAUCUCAGAGUACUCCCGUCAGUGUGUUCAUGCAGGGGGGAAGCCCCAGCAAUGGAGGACUGAACAGUUCUGCUAUAAAACAUGCCCCUUCAACAUGGAGUACCAGGAGUGUGGAAACCCCUGUGUUGACACCUGCUCCAACCCUGAGAGAGGCCAGAUGUGUGAGGAACACUGCUCAGAUGGCUGCUUUUGUCCUCCAGGCACUGUUUUUGAUGACGUCAACAAGAAUGGUUGUAUCGCCUUGAGUCAAUGCUCCUGCCGCCACAAUGGAAAAACCUACGCACCCGGAGAGACAUAUUCAAGCACUUGUAAAGAUUGCUCCUGUGGUGGUGGUCAGUGGAAGUGUGUGGACAAGGACUGUCCUGGCACAUGUGCUGUGGAGGGAGGAUCCCACAUCAACACCUAUGAUGGAAAAGCCUACACCUUCCAUGGGGACUGCUCUUAUGUUCUGACCAAGGACUGUGAUGGGAUGCAAUUCACUGUACUGGGUGAUCUGGUGCAGUGUGGGCUUUCUGACAGUGAGACUUGUCUAAAGGCUGUUAUCCUGUCCCUCUCAGAAGGAGCCACUGUGAUCAACAUACAACCCAAUGGAAAAGCCUUUGUAAAUGGAAUCUAUUCUCAGCUGCCCUUUUCUGUUGCUGGAGUAACUAUUUUCAGAGCCUCCUCAUUUUUCAUCAUCGUCCAGACCACCUUUGGCCUCCAGUUGGAAAUCCAACUCUCACCAAUCAUGCAGGUCUAUAUUGCUGCAAGCACCGUUUGGCAGCAGAGAACUUGCGGUCUUUGUGGAAACUUCAACAACAACCAAGGAGAUGAUUUCAAGGUCCUGAGCGGAGUGACUGAGGGCACAGCCAUUGGUUUUGCAAACACCUGGAAAACACGAGCCAGCUGCCCAGACAUCAAGAGUAGCUUUGAAAGCCCCUGCAGUUUAAGUCUUGACAAUGAGAAAUAUGCGCAGCACUGGUGCUCUCAGCUGGCUGAUCCUAAAGGGUUGUUUGCUCCAUGCCACGCAGCGAUAAGCCCAGACAUGUACAAAGAUAACUGCAUGUAUGACAGCUGUAACUGUGAGAAGAGUGAGGACUGCAUGUGUGCUGCCGUCUCCUCUUAUGUCCACGCUUGUGCUGCCGAGGGUAUCCAGCUCACUGGCUGGAGAGACACUAUCUGCAACAAAUACUCCACCUCGUGCCCUAGCACCAUGGUCUACAGCUACAGCAUGGAAAUCAGUGAUCGCUCCUGCCGCUGCUACAGCGACUCUGACUUUACCUGUUCAAUCACCUUCGAGCCUGUGGAUGGGUGUGUCUGUUCUGAGGGAACCUACCUGGAUGAUGAGGGCAAGUGUGUUCCACCAGCCAGCUGCCCUUGUUAUUACAAGGGCUCAGUGGUAUCCCCUGGAGAGGUCAUCAGCAAGGAUGGAACCAUGUGCACCUGCAAGGAGGGCAAACUCCAUUGUAUUGGAGAUUCACCUGAUCAUCCAUCAUGUGUUGCACCAAUGGUUUUCGUCAACUGCUCCAAUGCAAGCCCAGGAGUGAGAGGGUUAGAGUGUCAGAAGAGCUGCAAUAUUCUGGAUAUGGCCUGUAUCAGCACAGAGUGCAUAUCAGGCUGUAUGUGUCCCCCUGGACUGGUAUCCGAUGGAAAAGGAGGCUGCAUCAAGCCAGACCUUUGUCCUUGUUCUCACAAUGCAGCUACUUACCAACCAGGAGACAGCAUCAAGGUCGACUGCAAUACCUGCACUUGUAAAGACAGAAAAUGGCAGUGCACAACUAACCUGUGCCAUGGAACCUGUGCCAUUUAUGGAGAUGGACACUACAUUACUUUUGACGGGAAACGAUUCACUUUCGAAGGAGACUGUGAAUACACUCUUACAAAGGACUACUGUGGAAACAACAAUGCCAAUGGCAGCUUCAGAGUCAUCACUGAGAACAUUCCCUGUGGAACAACAGGCACCACCUGCUCCAAGGCCAUUAAGCUCUUCCUGGGGAACAAUGAAUUAAUCCUGACAGAAGGGAACUACCAAGUCAUUGAGAGAAAUACAGGGGAGGUGGUUCCUUACCAGAUUCGUACAAUGGGCAUCUACCUUGUGAUUGAAGCCAAUAAUGGGUUGAUUCUCAUGUGGGACAGGAAAACAAGCAUGUUCAUCAAACUGAACCCACAGUUCAAGGGACAUGUCUGUGGUCUGUGUGGAAACUAUGAUGGCAACGCAAACAAUGACUUCACUACCAGAAGCCAGGCAGUAGUUGUCAACCCUCUAGACUUUGGAAACAGCUGGAAAGUCUCUGCAAGCUGCCCCGAUGCAAAGAGCAAAAGGAGCCCCUGUACUGCCAACCCUUACAGGCAGUCUUGGUCACAGAAGCAGUGCAGCAUCAUUCAGAGCAAAGUUUUCACAGACUGCCAUUCUAAAGUGGACCCCUCUUCUUUCUAUGAUGCGUGUGUGACAGACUCGUGUGCUUGCGACAGUGGUGGAGACUGUGAGUGUUUCUGUACCGCUGUGGCAGCUUAUGCAGAGGCCUGUAAUGAGGCUGGAGCCUGCAUAGCCUGGAGAAGCCCACAAAUCUGCCCACUGUUCUGUGAUUACUACAACCCCCCUGGAGAAUGUGAGUGGCACUACAAGGCCUGUGGAGCCCAGUGUAUGAAGACCUGCAGGAAUCCCUCUGAGAGCUGCUCAACUCAGAUACCACCUCUUGAAGGUUGCUAUCCAAAAUGUCCUCCUGCUCAACCCUUCUUUGAUGAAGAUAUAAUGAAGUGUGUGGAGAAGGAGCAGUGUGGCUGCUAUGGCAGAGAUGGAAAACACUACAAUAAUGGAGAAAAAGUACCGACCACAGAAAACUGCCAGACAUGCUAUUGUAAUUCAGUGACAGUGGACUGCAAAUACGAUGUACAAGCUUGCACUUGCACCUACAAUGGGAACAAAUACCCCUAUGGGCAUAUCAUAUACGAUACAACGGAUGGACAUAGCAGCUGUAUGACAGCAGUUUGUGGGAAGAAUGGAACCAUUCACCGGGACAUGUACCCAUGUUCAACUACAACUCCAACAACUUCUAUUCCAUCUCAUCCAUCUACAAAUAUUCCUACAUCUACAUCAUUCUCUACAGUGACAACAAAUGUUUUCACUUUCUCAACACCAACGCCAACUGAGCCAGCCACAUCUUCAACAGAGACAACAGUGUCUCCAACAACCUUUACUACUACAUGUGGAUAUCCAUGUGUUUGGUCACAGUGGUUUGAUACCACAUUCCCUACACUUGGAACUCCAGGAGGAGACUCUGAAACCUACAACAACAUAAGAGCAGAGGGACACGAUAUAUGUGAGAAGCCAAGCAAGAUCCAAUGCAGAGCCGAGAAGUACCCAAAUGUUAGCAUAAGCCAAGUAGGCCAAGUGGUGCAGUGUAAUGUAGCAGAAGGGUUGACAUGCAGAAAUGAAGACCAGUCAGGCCCAUUCCCACUGUGCUUUAACUACCAAGUCCGAGUCCUCUGCUGUGAUGAAGAUCUUUGCACAUCUAAGCCUACAACCAUUUCACCAACAACUACAAGACCACCUGUUACGACGACAACAACAACAACAACAACAACAACAGCAACCUCCUCCACUAUAUCAACAACCACGUUGAAUACAAAAACCCCUACCUGCACAGUUUGUGAGUGGUCACCUUGGUAUAAUGUGGACUAUCCUCAAUUUGGUCCUGGAGGUGGUGACAAUGAAUCAAUUAAAAAGAUUCGAGAAUCUGGAAAACAUAUUUGUGAAAAACCAGUGGAUGUCAUAUGCCAAGCAGUGCGAUAUCCAGGGGUCCCAAUGUCUGAAUUAGGACAGAAGGUAGAAUGUAAUACAAAGGUUGGAUUAAUAUGCCAGAACAAAGAUCAAGGUAUUCCUCCAAUAUGCCUUGACUAUGAAAUUAAGGUAAAAUGUUGUAAGACUGUGAAAUGUCACACUACAACACAAGAAUCUACAACUACACCUACUGUCACAACUACAAUAAUGUCAACAUCCACAUUAACUACAAUAACAAGUAAACCAAUGACAAUCACUACUCCUCCAACCUCAACUCAACCUCUGACCACAACUACACCUCCAACCACCACAACAACACCCACUACUACGAUCUUGACAUCGCCUGCUCCAGCUACCACAUCAACAACAAUUCCUUCGACCACGACUCCUACACCCACUACUACAAUCUUAACUUCGACAGCUCCAUCUACCACAAAAACAACAACUCUGCCUUCUACUACAACUCCAACCUCUACUCCUACAUCAACCUCAACAGGAGCAUCAACUACCCAGUGCAGGGGUGAAGAAAGUUGUGUGUGGUCAGACUGGAUCAACCUUGGUCAGCCAACCUCUGGCUCUGAAGGUGGAGAUAAUGAAUCCAUUAAGAACAUCAUUGCUAGUGGUUAUCACGUUUGCUCAGCUCCAGAGGCAGUUGAAUGUAGAGCAAAACAAUACCCUGGACUUCAGAUCUCUCAGCUUGGCCAAGACGUGACUUGCAAUCCAUCCGUUGGACUGAUUUGUAAAAACAAUGAGCAAGGUCUUCAGCAAAAGUGCUUCGAUUACGAGAUACGAGUGAAAUGUUGUCAAUGUCGUCCCACAACACACAUCCCGACAACAACAACAACAACAACAACAGUUCUGUCGACCACGACUCCUGCACCCACUACUACAAUCUUAACUUCGACAGCUCCAUCUACCACAAAAACAACAACUCUGCCUUCUACUACAACUCCAACCUCUACUCCUACAUCAACCUCAACAGGAGUAUCAACUACCCAGUGCAGGGGUGAAGAAAGUUGUGUGUGGUCAGACUGGAUCAACCUUGGUCAGCCAACCUCUGGCUCUGAAGGUGGAGAUAAUGAAUCCAUUAAGAACAUCAUUGCUAGUGGUUAUCACGUUUGCUCAGCUCCAGAGGCAGUUGAAUGUAGAGCAAAACAAUACCCUGGACUUCAGAUCUCUCAGCUUGGCCAAGACGUGACUUGCAAUCCAUCCGUUGGACUGAUUUGUAAAAACAAUGAGCAAGGUCUUCAGCAAAAGUGCUUCGAUUACGAGAUACGAGUGAAAUGUUGUCAAUGUCGUCCCACAACACACAUCCCGACAACAACAACAACAACAACAACAGUUCUGUCGACCACGACUCCUGCACCCACUACUACAAUCUUAACUUCGACAGCUCCAUCUACCACAAAAACAACAACUCUGCCUUCUACUACAACUCCAACCUCUACUCCUACAUCAACCUCAACAGGAGCAUCAACUACCCAGUGCAGGGGUGAAGAAAGUUGUGUGUGGUCAGACUGGAUCAACCUUGGUCAGCCAACCUCUGGCUCUGAAGGUGGAGAUAAUGAAUCCAUUAAGAACAUCAUUGCUAGUGGUUAUCACGUUUGCUCUUCUGUCGACCACGACUCCUACACCCACUACUACAAUCUUAACUUCAACAGCUCCAUCUACCACAAAAACAACAACUCUGCCUUCUACUACAACUCCAACCUUUACUCCUACAUCAACCUCAACAGGAGCAUCAACUACCCAGUGCAGGGGUGA